AUGCUGAAGGAGCAUAGUUUGGCUUUGCGCGAGUUGUUUGACAAAAGCUGCCCGUACAUUGAGGACCGUGAUAAUUUUGUGGCAUUAUUUGCUCUCCGUGCACACCCAUUCUACAGAGCGUUUGUCAUUGUUGGUGCCAAUGCGGAUGCUGCCGUGCGGGUAACUCGAUCACGCAUGAAAGCAGCUCUGCGUGCCAUGGAAGAGUGUAACCCCGCCAUUGCUGACUUGGAGGGUGCCCUUCUUAUGCAUGAGGCGGAGUUGCUGUCGGCAUCCAACACGAUAAAAGAUCUUCGAUCCUCCAUAAAAGAGGCGCAGGAAAAAGUGGAGAAAAGUGAGAAAAGCAUGUGGAAUGCAUUCUUCUUGAAAGGGGAAGAAGGGAAGGAGCGGGAAAUGCGUUCUACUUUGUCCGCAAAGCCCAACCUGCAGUUCUUGGAGCAUCUUGAGGCGGCGCUUGAAAUACUUGAAGGCACCGUGGGCCGUUGGCGACUACGUCUGGCACUUUGCAAAGAAGAGCUGGCGUUGUAUAAGCAAGAGAUGUUCAUCUUUGGACGGGCAGGUGUGCUCUCCUGUUCAGAUCCUGGAAAGGAACGAGAAAGGGACGACGAAAGGCCCCUCUUAGGGGAGAAUGGCAACAGGAGCGAUGACGUUACAAAAAAAUACAUGUUUCCUCCAAGAGAGGAAGGAAAACGGAACUCUCCUGUCGGCGUGGUGUAUGUUGUGGAUCGUGUAAUCAAGAAGGCGGCAAGGAAGGUAACGGAAGCUCCAUUGCAUCAGGGUGUGCAUUUAUGGUCAUUGAUGUCCGGUGGCCGGGGGGUGGCGGGUUUUCGAGGGCCAUCCUCUGCAGAUGCGGCCACUCCGCAGUUUGUUUACAGUGCAGAGGAGGAGAAACGACUUACUGAGGCGAAUCUUGUGCUUCAGGAUCAACAAAAGACAGCCUCUGCGGAGGAUGCCAAGGCGGUUGAAGCCUCCGUGCGUGAGCUGUCACAACUGACCUCCCUAAUGAAUGAACAGGUUGUGCAGCAGAACGAGCAGUUCUCUAUUCUUCUUAAAAACACAGAGACGGCACAUAAUAACAUGCAUAAAGGAGUGAUAGAAGUCCAGAAAACGUUAUCCAAAUUUUGGAAUUCCACGCGCCAACUCAUUUUGUGCCUCUGGGUUAGCACUCUGGUUUUGCUUGUUGCCAACUGGAUAAUCCGCUAA